UUGCAACUUCCAUAUAGUGAUUGACAACCCUCUCACAAAUUUACGACUGUCUAAAACCGUUUGAAUUAAAAAAAAAAAAAACUAAAUAAAUCAGUAUCCAGCAAGAAGAAGCAGAGCUAGGAUUUGACAUAUGCCGACUGCCGCAUCAAUUGAUCUCCGAACCCAGACAACUUGACCAAAUCUUUCCUCGUCUGAUUUCCAGUAAGCCCAAAAAAGUGACUUCUCGGAAAUAAGAAAUGGCAGUGAACCAAGCGGCGGCGUUGAAGGUGGGGUUGGGUCUAAUGGGUCUGUGUUUGUUCGGCUACAUAGUGGGUCCACCUCUGUACUGGCAUUUCAUGGAAGGCUUAGCAGCCGUCAGCCACUCCUCCAACACUUGCCCUCCGUGCCUUUGCGAUUGCUCUUCUCAGCCUCUCCUCACGAUUCCUGAAGGACUGAGCAAUGCUUCCUUUGCAGAUUGCACGAAGCAUGAUCCAGAGGUGAGUGAGGAUACUGAAAAGAACUUUGCAGAUCUUUUGACAGAAGAAUUGAAGCUAAGAGAAGCUGAAGCUUUGGAAAGUCAGCAACGUGCUGACAUGGCACUACUUGAGGCUAAGAAGAUAGCAUCACAGUAUCAAAAGGAAGCAGACAAGUGCAAUUCAGGUAUGGAAACAUGUGAAGAAGCAAGGGAGAAAGCUGAAGCUGCACUGGCAGCUCAAAAGAAACUGACAACAAUGUGGGAAUUAAGAGCUCGUCAAAAAGGAUGGAGAGAAGUGGUUACCAACUCUCGAAUGCAGUCACAGGGUAAUGUUCAGGCUGUCUAAAUGAUCCACCAUGGCCUCAUGGAAAAUUAUUAAAAAGUGUAUUACGUUUUAAACACUGCUCAUUGCUCUGCAUGUUGAUUCCGGUGCAUCUUAUUGCAUUACCGCAAAGGCGGGCCUUAUAGUCAUAAAUUCCAGAGUGUAUCCUAUAGGCAGUCCCAAUUUAGUUCUUAUGAAUGAUCACAAGUAUAGUUAUUCUUAUUUUAAUGGAGCCACUUAAAACAACCACCUUGUUUGUAAAGCCCUAAUUUCCCUGCAUGUGAGCAUUCUGGUGAAAAUUGCUCUUGUAAAACCAUUUUAAAUUUUAGGCACCCUUGUAAGGCUCUUAAAAGUGAUUAUAAUUCUUGAGAGAACAAAGAAAAGUGGGACUAUGAAACUUGUUUGCUAGUGAAAACUUUGUUGUUUAGUA